AUGUUCAACGUUCCUCGUCCGAACGCGAGCCCAACCAAUGGGCUCGCUUCAUCUUAUGUCGAGGACAACCCCCUGUUUAGCUCCACGUAUGAUGGAAUGGAUCCAUGGUCAACCACUCCGGAACUGCCUCAUGCGACAUUAGCGAGCACACUGGACGAUCUCUUAGGCAUGUGCAGCUGCUCUGUUUAUACUGUAUAUUCUCAGACGUUCGAGAAAGUCAGUGUCAGCGACUCGGAAGUGUCAGUCAACUCUCUUCUAUACGUCUUGGGCACUUCUGGUCUAUCCACAUCCACAAUCGAUAGGAUCGUUAGUCUCGUCAGCACACGACCUCGUGUUUCUAGGCUUGAAUUCUACGUCGCAUUAGCACUUGUGGCUGCAGCCCAGCAAGGGAAAGACGUUAGCAUCGAGACAGUUAUUUCCGAAGCAAGACAAAAUACGCUCCCAGUGCCAGCUCUGCAGGUGGAUUCACUUGAAAUCAAUCCCCUUCCAUCCACCUCAUUCCCGCCUCAGGGGAAUUCAUAUGGUGAUAGUACGGAUCCCUGGAGCCCUAGGGAACUGGAAAAUAAUGACCGGAUAGAUCAAACCGCGGCGGCAACUAGGGACGUUCCGUCUACAGUCGCUAGACUUGGAAGGAAUUGGUACAUGCACCAAUCAAAAGUGGAAGUUUCUAUCGCUCCAAAGAGACAAGGGUUUAUUCUUGCUCGAUAUACCGUGUAUCAGAUCAAGAGCGAUCGUGGUGCCCCCGUCUUUCGGAGAUAUUCAGAGUUCCUCUAUCUCUUCGAUUGCCUAGUUCGACGUUAUCCCUUUAGACUUCUCCCGUGUCUUCCUCCCAAGCGCAUUGGGGGGGAUGCCCAAUUUUUGGAAAGCCGGAGAAAGGGUUUACAGCGAUUCCUGAACUUCGUAGUAAAUCACCCCGUCAUUCGAGAUGACGCUGUGCUCCAUGUUUUCUUGACCGAGCCCGAUCUUGAGACAUGGCGGAAACGAUCUUCGGUAUCAUUAGAGGAAGAGUCAGCCACCAAGCGCAUAACUCGUGUCGAAGAAAUGAGCAUUCCGAGUGAUUUAUCCGAAAAAAUGCAGUUUAUUCGGAACCGCAUGCAGCUGCUCAUCGAGAAGUGGACUCGAAUAUGUUUGAUCACAGAGCGACUUUUCAAAAGAAGAGAAGCGACCGCAUCCGAUUUCAUUAGGCUCGCCACCACAUUGUCCGCUGUCGUAGAAGAGAACCCGGAGUCUUGGCGAGUGGAAGGAGACGAGUUGUACCUAGGAGUGCGGCAAGGCCUUAGUAAUACCGCUGCUCGCCUGAUGUCCCAGGGAGAUGCCAUGGACCGCCGAGCCCACACAACCAUUCUGAUGACCCUUGAAGCCUUUAAGAGCCAAAGAGAUCUCUACAUCGCUGCGAAGGACAUGUUCCUGCGCCAUGACAGACUCUCCGGUGAUCAGGUCGAUAAAUUACAGAAGAGGGUGGAAAGUAAUGCCCUUAAGCUUGAGACGAUCAAAAAUCUGCGUCAAGAGGGAUGGGCAGCCAAGGCCGAUCGAGUUUUGGGCACGAUAGAACUGGAUCAAAGUGCGAUCGCGGCGGCGAUGGCACGACGGGUGUUUGUUCGUCAUUGCAUCUGGAGCGAACUUCGCGGAGUGCUAUAUCCAAGAGAGAAUACCCUAAUGGCGCUCGCUUUACAAACGUUCGCACAACAAGAACGAGAAUAUGUUGGUACCUUAGUAGCAAGCUGGGACAUCUUAGCGGAAGAUCUGAGUGCUAUGCCAUUGGAGUAG